CUCUCUAGGAGGCGGAGUUUCGUCUUCUCGGCUGGUGGAAAAGCUGGAGGAUCGGCUAGUGGCGACAGCAGAAAACGAGCCUGAGCCCUGCUGGGGCUUUGGGCUUUAGGUGGAGAAACUGAGACUCAACCAGCUCACACAGGCAAGGUCAUUCAGUUAAUAAGUAGCGAAGACCGGCUCUACAUUCAAAGUUCUGACCGUGGAAUCGGUGUUCUUGAACCACUCGGCUUUGUUGAUUAUUCUCUAACCAAAGUGACCUCAGAAAAGAGGGAAAAUGGCUUCUGAAUCUGAAACCCUGAAUCCCAGUGCUCGGAUAAUGACCUUCUACCCCACCAUGGAUGAGUUCCGGAACUUCAGUCGAUAUAUUGCUUACAUUGAAUCUCAAGGUGCUCACAGGGCUGGAUUAGCCAAGGUUGUCCCCCCAAAAGAGUGGAAGCCACGAGCAUCCUAUGAUGAUAUUGAUGACCUGGUCAUUCCUGCGCCCAUCCAGCAGCUGGUGACGGGGCAGUCUGGCCUCUUUACUCAGUACAACAUACAGAAGAAAGCCAUGACUGUUCGAGAGUUCCGCAAGAUUGCCAACAGUGAUAAGUACUGUACCCCACGCUAUAGUGAGUUUGAAGAGCUUGAGCGAAAGUAUUGGAAGAACCUCACAUUUAAUCCUCCCAUCUAUGGUGCGGAUGUGAAUGGUACUCUCUAUGAAAAGCAUGUGGAUGAAUGGAACAUUGGCCGGCUGAAGACCAUCUUGGACUUGGUGGAAAAGGAGAGUGGGAUCACCAUUGAGGGUGUGAACACCCCAUACUUGUAUUUUGGCAUGUGGAAGACGUCUUUUGCCUGGCACACGGAAGACAUGGACCUGUACAGCAUCAACUACCUGCACUUCGGAGAGCCCAAGUCCUGGUACUCUGUUCCACCUGAGCAUGGAAAACGACUGGAGCGUCUCGCCAAAGGAUUUUUCCCAGGAAGUGCUCAAAGCUGUGAGGCUUUUCUUCGUCAUAAGAUGACCCUGAUAUCUCCUUUAAUGCUGAAGAAAUAUGGUAUUCCUUUUGACAAGGUGACUCAAGAAGCUGGUGAAUUUAUGAUCACUUUCCCUUAUGGUUACCAUGCCGGUUUUAACCAUGGCUUUAACUGUGCGGAAUCUACAAAUUUUGCUACGCAUCGCUGGAUUGAGUAUGGCAAACAAGCUGUAUUGUGCUCCUGCAGAAAGGAUAUGGUGAAAAUCUCCAUGGAUGUGUUUGUGAGGAAGUUCCAGCCAGAAAGGUACAAACUUUGGAAAGCUGGCAAGGACAGCACAGUCAUCGACCACACUCUGCCUACGCCGGAAGCUGCUGAGUUUCUUAAGGAGAGUGAGCUGCCACCAAGAGCCAGCAGUGAAGAGGAGUGCCCUGAAGAGGACCUGGAUGGGGCGGAGCACGGAGAGGAGGGAGACCUGAAGAGAAGCCUAGCCAAGCAUCGUAUAGGGACAAAGAGGCAUCGGGUUUGCCUGGAAAUACCACAGGAGGUGAGUCAGAGCGAGCUCUUCCUCAAGGAGGAGCUGAGCUCUGGCCAAUAUGAGAUGACGGAGUGCCAGGCCACGCUUGCUCCUGUGAGGCCUACCCACAGCUCUGUGCGGCAAGUUGAGGAUGGCCUACCCUUCCCAGAUUACUCUGACUCCACUGAAGUCAAAUUUGAAGAGCUCAAGAACGUCAAACUAGAAGAGGAGGAUGAAGAGGAGGAACAAGAGGCAGCUGCCCUGGAUCUUUCUGUUGCAGAUGAAUACAUGUUUUCCCUGGAGGAGAAUAAGAAGUCCAAGGGUCGCCGGCAGCCCUUAUGCAAGCUUCCGCGGCAUCACCCACUUGUACUGCAGGAGUGUACCAGUGAUGAUGAGACCUCUGAGCAAUUGACCCCUGAGGAGGAGGCUGAGGAAACAGAGGCCUGGGCCAAGCCCCUGAGCCAGCUGUGGCAGAACCGGCCCCCGAACUUUGAGGCUGAAAAGGAGUUUAAUGAGAGCAUGGCCCAGCAGGCCCCUCACUGUGCAGUCUGUAUGAUCUUCCAGACCUAUCAUCAGGUCGAAUUUGGAGGCCUUAGUCAGAACUGUGGAAAUGCUUCAGAAUUAGUCUCCCAGCAGCAGAGGACCAAGCCAUUGAUUCCAGAAAUGUGUUUCACCUCAACUGGCUGCAGCACGGACAUAAACCUGUCUACUCCUUAUCUUGAGGAGGAUGGUACCAGCAUCCUAGUUUCCUGCAAGAAAUGUAGUGUCCGGGUUCAUGCCAGUUGCUAUGGGGUCCCCCCUGCAAAGGCUUCUGAAGACUGGAUGUGUUCUCGGUGUUCAGCCAAUGCCCUAGAGGAAGACUGUUGUUUAUGCUCCUUACGAGGAGGGGCCCUGCAGAGGGCAAAUGAUGACAGGUGGGUCCACGUUUCAUGUGCUGUGGCAAUUCUGGAAGCAAGGUUUGUCAACAUUGCAGAGAGAAGUCCAGUGGAUGUGAGCAAAAUCCCCUUGCCCCGCUUCAAACUGAAAUGUGUCUUCUGUAAGAAACGAAGGAAAAGAAAUGCUGGCUGUUGUGUGCAGUGUUCUCACGGUCGCUGCCCAACUGCCUUCCACGUGAGCUGUGCCCAGGCUGCCGGGGUGAUGAUGCAGCCAGAUGACUGGCCUUUUGUUGUCUUCAUUACCUGCUUCCGGCAUAGGAUUCCCAGUUUGGAGCGUGCCAAGGGGGCCUUGCAGAGUAUCACUGCCGGCCAGAAGGUUAUCAGCAAGCAUAAGAAUGGGCGCUUCUACCAGUGUGAAGUGGUUAGGCUCACCACCGAGACCUUUUAUGAAGUCAACUUUGAUGAUGGCUCCUUCAGCGACAAUCUGUAUCCUGAGGACAUAGUGAGCCAUGACUGUCUCCAGUUGGGUCCUCCUGCUGAAGGAGAAGUGGUCCAAGUCAGAUGGACAGAUGGCCAAGUCUAUGGAGCUAAAUUUGUGGCUUCCCACCCCAUCCAGAUGUACCAGGUGGAAUUUGAGGAUGGCUCACAGCUUGUGGUUAAGAGAGAUGACGUAUAUACGCUGGAUGAAGAGCUUCCCAAGAGAGUCAAGUCUAGACUGUCAGUGGCCUCAGACAUGCGCUUCAAUGAAAUUUUCACGGAGAAAGAGGUUAAGCAAGAAAAGAAACGGCAGCGAGUCAUCAACUCUAGAUACCGGGAAGAUUACAUUGAGCCUGCGCUGUACCGGGCCAUCAUGGAGUAGGUGCUUCCACGGUCCAGCAGGUUCCCGGCCAUUGUGGCGAGAGCGUUCUGGUAUUCCACAGCACAGCAGACAUAUGGAACUCUGAAGUCUCUAAAAGUGAAGUUGUAAAAAGAAAAAGAAUGAAGUCACUGACCCCAUCGCCUCCUUACCCCACCUUCUUUGCAUUCUGCCCUAGUGAAAAGACAAGCCAUUUUGGGACAUGUGGCAGCAGCUGCUGAUCUCCCAGCUGAGGAGCUGAGCACUGGAAUGCUGUGGCUGCACUGACCCAAGUGCCAGAAGGGGUCACCUGUGCCAGCUGGGCAGGUUGCCCUGAUCCUGGCCUAGGACUUAGUUUCCUACCAAUCAAUCACCUGUACUCUCUCGGCAGAGGUGCUGGUACUUUCCCCAAUUCCUUUUGUAUUUAUGUGUGUGUGUGCGUGGUGCGUGCGUGUGUGUGCAAGUGUGCGCGUGCGUGGUUUGGACUAGCUCCUGCAAGCCCCUGGCCUUUACUUUCUUCUUUGCCUAUGCAGGCAAACAAAAUGUGAAAUUUUGUUCUCAGCUAAGCUGAGUAAAGGCCCCUGGGAGAUGGCUGGAGGUGGAUGUGACAUCUGUCUAGGCCUGGAAUGGCCCCAAGAGAAUGCUGGCAAAGCUGCAGUAUUGAAAUGCUAAGGAGUGGAUGCCACCUCUUUGCCCUUCUUUGAAGGCAAACAUGGGGUAACAUGGCUGUGUGCUCACAACACUCUUGGGGACAGAGCUUAUGUGGCACAGUAUUAGAGGGUUUGGUUGGGAAAUACCCUCAUGGGAGGAUUUUAAUGAUGGAAGCAGGCAGAGCCUGGGAGUAAAUCUGAACAGAAAAUUGCAAUCAUGCAAGGGCUGGGAGGGUUAGGAUGAACUGGGGCCACUGGAGACCAAGGGCAAUUAUAGGUAUGCC